AUGGCCGUCUCAUACUCCGAUGUUCUCCUCAACAACACCUCCCUGGCCGACGCCGGGUCGGGCGUGACUGCCGUUUUCGUCGGUGCAACGGCUGGUAUUGGACUUGGGGCUCUCCGCUCCCUCACUCACCACACAACCGCACCCACCAUCUAUAUAGUCGGUCGCUCUCGCAAAAGCCUAGAUAGCCUCAUGGCAUCCCUGCAGAUGCUCAACUCAGGCGCCACUUUCCACGCCGUCGUCGCCAAAGAUCUCACGCUGGUUGCAGACGCCGAGAAAGCCGCCGCCGAGAUCAUCCGGCUCGCCAGCCGCGUGGAUCUGCUUAUCAUGAGUCCCGGGUACAUUGACUUUAGCCACCAAGUGUCGCCAGAAGGCAUCGAUCGCCUGAUCGCCAUCCGGUACUAUAGCCGUAUGCGUUUCCUGGUGUCACUAGCACCGCUGCUGCGCAAAUCGCCGAGUCCGCGGGUGGUAAGCGUGUUGGCGGCUGGGAUGGAAGGCAAGCUGUUCCCAGACGACUUACUGCUCGAGAAGAAUUUCAGCGCAAUGAACGCGGCGGCUGCGGCCACGACGAUGACGACACUGUUCCUGGAGGAGUUUUCGAAGCAGGAGGGCAAUGAUCGGCUGGUGUGUUGUCAUUUGUAUCCGGGCUGGGUUGGUGACACCGGUAUGAGGGUAGGAAAUGGGUUUUCGGCGUGGUUGCGCGUCGUCCUUGAGUGGGUGGUUGCACCGAUGAUGAGGUGGGUGGGUUAUACGAGUGAGGAGGCGGGUGAGCGGGUGGUCUUUGCAGCAACCAACGGGCGAUUCAGAAGACUGAAAGAGGGAGUCAGUGGCGAAGGCACAAUGGUGCAGAAGGGGGUUGAUGGCAGGAUUGGCGGGGGGGUAUAUCUGGUGCAGGACAAUUCGAGCGCGAAGACGCAGAAUGAGGCGCUAAGGCAAGCGCGGGAGGACGGCAUGGCCAAAAGGGUCUUCGACCACACGAUGGCGCAGUUUGAUGAAAUCAACAAGGGAUGA